AUGAGGCAUCUUGCAAAUCGUGGACCGUUUGCAGCUCCUUCCCCAGCAGCUAAGGUUAAUCAGAAUCAAGCUCCGACUCCUACAAGUGCCAGUAUUAAUGAACAAAAGCAACGUCCUUCAACCUCAGCGGCCGCCCAGUCAUCAUCUGCCAGACAGCCUAAACGUACCAUCCAGCCCAGGAGUACUCAACGCCCACAGUCUAAUGGCGGAAGAAGGCAGCUUCCUCAAGGCCAGACGAGUCCAGCUCGGACUACCAAUGGCCGGAUCAGUCAGCCCCCGAGUAGCCACGCAUCAACAACCCGGGGACGAUCUGCUGAUCAAAUAACCCCGACCCAAAGGCAAGUAGGUAAUCAGAGAACCUCACUUCGUCCUGGCGUUCAGACGAAACCGUCACAAAAUUCAAACAGACAGCGUAUUGGAACUAGACAGAGCAAUUCGGCGUCACGUUUAAAUCGUCAAACUCCAAAUACCAGUCCUAAAACAGGACGGAGACGAACCUCUAACCAGCAAUCAAAUUCUGUAAGUUCAUCAAGAGGUGGCCAGAGAAGAGAAGUUAAUUCUCCAGCAAGUCGGGUUGUAACUUCUUCUCGUCAGACAAGCCGUAGAGGAAACACAAAUAUACAACCAAACGGCCUUGCUGCCAGCAACAACCGUCAGUCGAAUCAGAAAGGGCAAAAUCUUCAGAUGAAUAAACCUAGAACAUUAAACCGUAAGGAUCCCCUUCUGCAGUCUGACGCCCUUCGGAGGACCGAAGAAGUUAAGCCACAGUCUACUUUUCAAUCUAUUCAACAGAGGCAAUCACGUGGCAACUCCAUCCGCCAGAACAACCAAAAGCCUCGACAGCCUAAUAUUCCUUCCAAACAAACACAUAUGCGCUCCAAACCUGUCCCGCAACAUCAUAAAGAACCGAAUCAACGUAAACAGGGGCCAAAUGUCCACUCACGACAAAACCCUUCUAAUCAGCGUCAACCAUCCGCUCAUCCCCUAACCCAUAGUAGGGUGAAACCCAGGACUCAAAAACCAACAAAUCGAAACCCAGGCAACCAGGGAGGACAGAACAAGGAUCCAUCACAAGUUUUUGUCAACAAGCGGGUACGGUCAAAUGCUCCUCUGGAAACGGUUCUCAUUCGAAAUCACCGUCCGAAAAAUGGUAAGAAAGUUGAUAUUUCAAUCGCACUAGAUGGACAAAGUGGACUUUCCCUUACAAUGAAAGACCCUUCACAGCCUACCAACUUUAUUCGUGGAGCAGCCACAUAG